AGUACAUUGAGCUUGUCCAUGAUCUAGAUAAAUUAAACAUUUUGUUUAUGCGUGAUCUUAAACAGCCAAAGUGAAUAUAUAGAUUUAGUUGUCAGACCGGGAGUUUUUUUGACAAAUAUGGAAUGCAUUCUUUGCGAGGUCAUAAAAUUACCGAGUGAAUUUCCACCUGAAAAUGUUACCGAAAAAUGCAGACAUCCACCUAUAGCUUGCUUAAGAUGCACCGUCAGUAGCAUUGAAAACUUGUCACAAUGUCCUCAUCCCGAAUGCCAACACACGGUUCAGUUAUCCGAUGAAAAACCACAAUUGUUCCAAGCUUUACUUCGCGAACUCUUUAAGGAGUAUGAAACCAAUGACGAAGAUGCCGACGAAGAAGCAUUUGAUACUCAAGAACAUCCAGUUCUCGCCAAGGGGAUUUUAACUGUAGCACUUUUGACUGGAGAAAGUUUUGCAGUCCCGUUCGACCCAGAAAUGGAAGUUUUAGAACUGAAAAGACGGAUUCAUGAACAGUUGAACCAUCCUGUGGAUAAGCAAAAACUGAUAUACAAAGAGGUAGAGUUGAAGGACUACGAAGGUGACAAACGAUGCAAACUGUCAGACUUCAGAUGUAAACCAAAUUCAACUCUGUCCCUCGUGAUAAUGUUGUUUGCAGUGCCGGACAAAUUCAAUCAUGUCAUAUUUGAUUUGUACUGGAGGUUUCCUUCAACAGGUCUAGACUUUUUAGAUGCCUCCUGUUUAAUGUACAAUGGUUCAGUUUACACUGAUUGUGCUGACUUUAGUAAUAACAACCCAAACGCUGCGGUAUGCCAUUCUGGUGAUAUGAUUGAUGAUAAGUCAAAAACAGGUCACCAUACAAUUAGUAUUAAGUUAAAAGAACUUCCGGCUAGUAUGACACAUCUGUUUUUUACAUUGAGUGCUUGGGACUCACCUGAUAUUUCGAGAUAUCCUAACCCAAGUCUUAAAUUUUACGAAGCAGAAAAUCCAACAAAAGAUCUAUGUCAAACGACGUUCACUCAUGCCCGAAAUUCUGAAGCGGUAAUAAUGUGUUCCCUUUCUCGCAAAGGAAAUGGACAGUGGAAAAUAUUCAGCUUUGGUAAACUUUCAGCUGGAAAUGCGGCUAACUACAAGCCUUUAUUGGAAAGUAUUGAUGAACUAUUUACUCAGGCAUUUUAUGCAUUGUAAUAUGCAGUCAAUCGAAUGUCAGAAACCGAUGCUUUAAAUUUCAAACCAAAAUAGUUCACCCGUUGAUCAUAUUCAUCAGUUUUGUUAAGUCAAUAUGACAUGACUCUUUAAAGAAAUGGCCGAUCCCUAGUUUGUGCUAUAUGACCGGUCCAUAUUAUUAAUAUGUUUAAUGGACUAAUAAGUCAAAUCUUUAAAUAGAAGCUGUGAAUAUUGAAUUAUUAUGUCGGCCCUCGUGCAAUAGUUUUGACUAUUGACCGGCAAGCCAUUCAGUAAGUGUAUAUAAUUGGAUGACCCCUUUAGCUCACCAGUCCAUAAUUUGUGUUAUAUGACCAAUCUAAAGUUCAAUCUUAUUUUUGUUUGUCUGAAAGCUGGAAAAAUAACUAAUUAAAAUCUAUUUUAUGUCAUGUAAAAGAACACUUAUUGAAUGGCUUGUCGGUCAUCAGUAAACACUAUUGACUUUCGGAACUCGGGCAGUAGUUUUUACCAUUGAGCGACAAACCAUUCAAUAAGUGUAUGUUAUCACAUGACUCCUUAAUAUAAAUUGCAGGUCCAUAGUUUGUGAUAUUUACCGGUCUAUAGUUUAACAUUAAAUGUUGCUAUGCUAAAGAUAAUACUUGAAGAAAACAUUCCGGUGUCAUGUAAAAAACACUGAUUGAAGUACUUACAUUUUAAUAAGUGUAUACGUCUUUGUUGAACAAACUGCAAACAAUGCAUUCAAAAUAACCGCAUAUAUUCAGGAUAACUUAUUUUCAGAGAUAAGAGAGAUAAUGUACAUAAAUAUGAAAAAUUGUAAAUACUUGCAUUAUCAAGGAAUUUCUUGAAAUAAAUGAUUGCAUAAUUAUCUGUUUUAAUCCUACCACUAUCCUUAACCCUUAAUUAUAACUUAACAUCUAAAGACCAUAGUAUGUUCUGUUUUCAUGAAAUGCCCAUGAGUGCCUACUGAACAAUAUUGAGCGGAGUCUUGGAGUGGAGUCUUGGAGUGGAGUCUGAGGUGAGAUUCUUGAGUGACGUUGAUGUUUAGGGUUAGAAUUUGGAGUCAAAUUCAAUAUGUAGUUGUUUAUCCAAAUUUUGAAACAGAUUAAAAGCAGUGACGUUCUUGUUGAGAAUUACAUAAGGAGAAUUAGUAUUGUAAUAAUGAUCAAUGCUAGUUGCUGCUGUAAAAAUAAUAAUAAGGAUAAUGAUUGCUGAAGACAUCAGUGAAGAAUCAAACUUAAUGUAAUGUUGAUAAAAUAGAAGAAACUGGUAGUUAUACUGAUGGUUAUGAUAAUGAUGAUUAUUUUUGUAUAACUAUAUUUUCAAAAAUGUGUUGUGCUUUGAGGUUUUUUUUGUCUUUUAGGAUCAGCAAUUAUGUUAUCAUCAUCAUCAUCUUAAUCACUGACCCCACUGCUAUUACAAAAACCAGUAUAUAAACUUCGAUAGACAAAAUCGCUGAAAUCUUGGACAUCCACAAAACAUCAGUAAAACUGACAAUAAUGAUUAUGAUGGUGGUGGCGUUGGUGAUUGUGAUGAUAAUGACAAUAAUAAUAAUAAUAAUAAUGAUGAUUGUGGUGUUGAAAAAGAUGACGAUGAUAAUGGUGAUGAUGUUGAUUAUUGUGGUGCCGCUGCUGAUGCUGAUAGUGAGUGUGGUGCUGCUGAUGAUGCUCGUGGUAGUUCAAUAGGUGAUGAUGAUGGUGUUGGUGAUGAUGAUAACAAUGGUCAUUGUUGCGGUGAUGAUAAUUAUAGCGACGGUGAUGAUGAUGGUUGUACGGAUAAUGACUGUUGCAGUAAUGCUGGUGAAAAUGAUGAUGAUGAUGAAACGUUGAUUAACAUAAUGUCAUUUAUUAAAUGUAUCAUUGCACAUUUGGGUACUUUAAACAGUGAAUGAGCUUUAUCAGACACACACUAUCUAAAUGAAACCUUUCUAAUGGUAAAACUUUUUAAACGACAAUAUUGUCACUUGAUAUCUUUCAAGAUCCUUUACUGACACUUGCACAGAAGACGCCGAAAUUAGACAGAUGAUAACAAUAUUUAGGCAAAAAUUCAUGCCAUGAAUAUACAACACUUUAGAUUCCCUACAGUGGGCGCAUUCGGCAUACAAACCCGGGUAACUCUGACUAGAUCACCCGAGUUCACCUGAGUGACACGAGUAACAAUUUAGUCCGAACGCUUUAUUGGGUAACUGAAAAUGAUGGAGAACGUUACCUAUAUGCUUACAGUUCAAAAGCU